AUGUUCCUCGGCGAUAUCCCUGCCGUGCUGGCUGGCCUCACGUGGGUGGAAACGGUCUGCAUAGCUAGGGCCAGGGCGAGUCGCUGCUGUGUCAAGAUCAAAGGUCACGGCUCUCAUCAAUCAAAAGGCAACGUUGUCAUACUACCCCAGGCUGCGUCCGAGCUGUUGAGAUUACUCCCUCUCCCAGCUUCUGUGAUCGCGAACGAGAUCGUUGUCAUCUGGGUUGCCAGCCAAGCAGAGCCUCUCACCGUUGACAAGAUCCCCAAGAAGCUACUCACCGUCCGCCGGGACAAGAUAAUCGCUGCUCUCCAGUGGUUGAAAGAGAACAACCCUCUCUAUAGUGAUGUCUCCAUUGAUGGUAAUGCGUUGACUUCCUACCCGGAGGACGGGCACCUGCCAAUGCCUUGCUUCAAUUCUCUCGCCUCCGCUUCCACCGAAGCCGAAGGUGCUGGAUAUGUCCCUCCUGCCACAACUCCUUCUCAAUCGUCUGACGCUUCUCAGCCAUCGGAAGACGUCAUGGUGGACGUCUCUGGUUGUGUUGACAGCAACAGCUCUGGUCAUCAUGUCGACCUGCGCAAAGUGUCCGCUCUGGCAGCUAUCAAGGGGGGCGCUCAGUUUUUGGCGUAUCCUUCCGGGUCAACGCCCAUGCAAGAAUACUCGGCACCAACAACGUUUGCAGCCCUCUACCCUCGCCUCUUCCCCUACGGCUGUGGUAGCUUUGAGGAUCUUCCUUUCAUCUAUAGCCUAUUCUUCUUCAUUCUUAUCGCUAACCUGAACGGAAAUAUUCCUUACGCAGAUACACGAAAAUGA